AUGAAACAAUGUGGUAUUAAAGAAUACAAACCAAACUUGACUUUUAACAUGUCACCAUAUACAAAUACAAUAUUAGAAAAAGAGAUUAUUGCAAAAAUACAAAGCUUUUUAGAUCUGAGGUAUAAAUAUUCUAAAGAGUGGAAUCUUUUAUAUUCCACAUUUGAACAUGGAUUUUCUUAUAAAACUUUUAUCUCAUCUUUUACAAAUAAAAAUAAGCCUUUUAUUUUAGUAAUAAAGACAGAUAAUAAAUAUUCUUCAAUUAUAGGUGUGUAUUUUGAAGAGAAUAUACAUUUAGAUCUUAAACCUUAUGGAAAAAGAAAGAUAAUUCUUUUUAAUGCAGAAAAUAUUUUAACUUUAAAUCAAAAAGAUAUUAAAAUCAUUUGUACGGAGCAAUACUUGGCUUUUGGAUGUAAAAAUGGACAAUAUGGAAUAUUAAUACAAAAUACACUGAGAAAAGGACAGGAAAGCGUUUUUAAAGAACAAUGUACAUCUUUUAAUAUUAAGUACAUGGAAUUAUGGAAUAUAAUAGAAUGA